AUGCAAAUCAUCACAAUCGACUCCUUCAAGCCUAAACUACUACGCUUCAGCCACCCAGAUAACCUAUCCCCUUCAGCAGCCAACAAGCUUUCUCUUUCGUUGAUUGAAGAGCUUUCCGAAGAUGUGUGUGAUAAGUUCUUCCUCAAAUUCAUCUCAAGAUUCUUAACACCAAGUUCAUAUAGUGAAAUUUUACAAGAAAGAAACAUCAACAAGAUUUGUGGAUAUCCAAUGUGCUGUGAAUCACCAGGUCGUAUCAAAGAUCAUUAUUCCAAGAGUUAUCAGAAAUCCAAAAUGUUGCCAUAUGCUUAUUUAAAUCUAUAUUGUUCCAAGACUCAUUAUCAAUGUUCAGAAUUUUACAAGACUCAAUUAUCAGAUGAAGCUGUCUUUGCUCGUAAGGAUAUUACAGUUUUGCCUUAUGGAUCUAUGAAAUAUGAAGUUAAUAUGACUUUAUUAGAUGAAGUUUAUGAUAAAUAUAAUAAUAGAUCAAAUCAAUCAGAUUCAAUUAUGAAUAUUAUACAGAAUUUGGAUAGUAUGACUUUAAAUGAUACAAAAGCAAGUAAAGAUGAAAUGAUGGAUAAUAUGAAUCAAAUGUUACAAGAUAUUAAAAUUGUGGAAAAAGAUCCAGAACCUCCAAUUAUAAAUAAUAUUGAAAUUGUUGAUGUUGAUGUUGAUGAUAACACUCAAUUGAAUAUUAAUAGUGAUGAUGAAGAUGAUGUUGAAAAUAAUGAUAAAAGUUAUGAAUAUUUACAAGACCAAUCCAAAGCUAUAAAUGGAUACGUCUUACAAGUGUGA